CAAUGACACAACUUCAGGGGUAAACUCAAACAUGGCCGCACAGUAGAGGGAAUGCUAGCAAAACUCACAGCGCACUUGACAAGUAUUACUGAAUAGUGGCGUCACUUUUUUCUUAUUUUGACGUUAGAACCUGUGUCGCGAUGUGGCUGCCUCUUCACACGGUCUGUUUAAGGAGCCAGACAACCUGCAGAAGAAGCUUCACAGCUGCUCUUUUAAAACUCUCAAGACACGGGGAUAAUGCUAACGUUUCUCACUUCAGUCAUUCAGCUAGACUUUCUGCACAAACAUGCAAGGCACUUCUGUACAGAAGACACGGAGACCCUUCUCAAAUCGUUAAGUUGGAGGAAGUAGAUCUGCCCCUCAUAGGUGCGAAGGAUGUCCUGGUUAAAAUGCUGGCAGCCCCAAUCAACCCAUCUGACAUCAACAUGAUUCAAGGCACCUAUGCCAUCCUGCCCGACCUCCCAGCUGUUGGGGGCAAUGAAGGGGUGGCCCAGGUCAUAGAGGUGGGCAGUCAGGUGAACUCCCUCAAAAAAGGAGACUGGGUCAUCCCAAAAGACGCUGGUCUAGGGACAUGGAGGACAGAAGCAGUGCUAGCUGAGGACAGUGUCAUCUCACUACCAAAUGACAUUCCUCUGUUGUCUGCUGCCACACUGGGGGUAAACCCCUGCACUGCCCUCAGGAUGCUCUCUGACUUUGAAGAUCUUAAGCCAGGAGAUACAGUGAUCCAGAAUGCAGCCAACAGUGGAGUUGGGCAGGCUGCCAUACAGAUUGCUGCUGCAAGAGGAAUAAACACUAUCAAUGUCGUCCGAGACAGGCCAGAGUUCACACAGCUCAGUGAUAGGUUGAAGGCCAUGGGAGCAACUCAUGUGAUCAAAGAAGAGACGCUGAGGCGGCCUGAGAUUAAGGAACUGUUCAAGACGUGUCCAAAGCCGAAACUGGCAUUAAAUGGAGUCGGAGGCAAGAGUGCAACAGAGCUGCUCCGUCAUCUACAGGUUGGAGGUUCCAUGGUGACAUAUGGAGGGAUGGCCAAACAGCCAGUUACUGUCCCUGUGAGUGCUCUUAUUUUCAAGGAUGUGAAGGUGCGGGGAUUUUGGGUCACACAGUGGAAGAGAGAUCACUCAAAUGAUGAAAGGGCGCUUAGAGCCAUGCUGGACGAACUGUGCUCCCUCAUCCGACAGGGAAAACUGAUGGCUCCCGCCUGCACUGAGGUGGGAUUCAGAGACUACAGCAAAUCUCUUGACACAGCUAUGCAGCCUUUCACCUCAGCUAAACAGGUCCUCAUCAUGUGAACUGACCAGUCUAAUCCACAAAUCACCAGAUCACCAGUCAAGACCAUAAUAUAUGAAGUGAAGUGUAACUGCCACAGUAUUGUUAAUGUCAAUCAAAUACACUGCACAAGCACAUACAGUGCUCAAUAAAUGUGUCCUCACAGAAGGUUCAAAGUCCCAUAUCUGUUGUGCUCUGUAGUGACACUGAGUUCCCCCUAGGUUUACUGGCAGUAAUCAAAAACUCAUUAAAUCAUUUUAUAGUGACAGGAAUGAUCAUAGAACUAAGAUAAUGCAGCUUUAUCUGUUAUGUUUAGUAACAGUGCAUGGCAGAUUUAUUGUUGUGGAAAUGGUGAUAUUAGUGAUGUAUUGAUAAUCUCUGUUAAAACAACAUUCAUACAAGUAAGAUUGAUUUCUGGGUUUAUUAAAUAGAUACAGUAGAGUUUGA